UCAGCUAUUUCAUUUGAAGUCUUUAGCCAAACAGAGAGCCAACAGAGAUGGAUGUCAUUUUUCUGCUCGUCAUGGCUGCUGGAGGGCUGUGUGCUGUCCAAUCACAAUUUAGGUACAUUCCUCGGUACACUUUUGUUUAUGACCAGAAGAAUAUGGCUGAAGCGCAAAAGUACUGCAGAGAGAAAUACACAGACCUGGCCACUGUGGACAGCGAGGAGAUUGUGAAGAUCCUGAACGACGCGGCAGAUUUAGACAAAAUGGUCUAUCCGGGAUACCACCAUUGAGCCUGGAUCGGGCUGUAUGAUGACGUGGACAGCUGGAGGUGGUCACUGUCAAACUCAAGCUUCUACAAUACCGUGGAGACGGGCUUCAGACGAUGGAACAUUGGCGAACCAAACCACUUUAUGAGUAUAGAAUUCUGCACUGCGAUGUAUCAGUAUGGAAAUUGGCAUGAUGAGGACUGUGCAAUCGCCUAUAAGGCAAUGUGCAUGGAUGUCAAAGGACUGAAUGUGACAUUUGUGUUGGUCAACACCGACUUGAACUGGAAUGAGGUCCAGAGCUACUGCAGAGCACACCAUACUGACCUGGCCAGUGUGAGGAACAUGGCAGAGAACCAGCAGGUACAGAUGCUGGUCCCUGCAUCGUCAGUAGUCUGGAUAGGCCUUUUCAGAGACUCCUGGAAGUGGUCCGAUGGAAAGAAAUACUCCUUUAGUCACUGGGCAGCAUCUGAACCCAACGACGGCAAUGAGAUGUGUGUGGCUGCAAACUUUGAAGACGCUGGAAGAUGGCAGGACUGGCCAUGCGGAGAUGAGAGACACUUCAUCUGCCACAAACUCAGAAAGGUCGUUUCAAAGCAGGUGAUAAAAGUGAGGUUGCAGUACAAAAACUCCGGUCUAAAUCUGAACGACGAGGCUGUGCAGAAAGACCUGUUGGUGAAGAUCAAACACAAGCUGGGCGCCCAGGGAUCGGAUGACACCUUCCAGCUGAGCUGGAGGAAUCAGUCGGAUGGAAGCAUCUUCCACAAGGAGCAGAAGGAUGAGCUUUAAAGGGGCCCUACUUGGCUUCUUGGGGGAUUUCCCUUUCCAGUAGUGUGUUUUUGUGCAUGUUAAUGGUUUGCAAAUGCUAAAAUCCCUGUGUGUUAGAAACUAUAAGAUAGUAUAAGAUUUCACUGAAUUUUUAUCACUAAUGAAAAAGAUGACCUUCAAUGUUGCGAAUAAUCAAUUUUUAUGAAAGAUACAUGUUUAUUUCAGAAUAUCUUCUAUUGAGUUAAAUAAUAAUUAACCGUAUUUCAUUAUUAAGCUGUCACAUUUUCAGGGAUGCAAACUUUAAAGGUCCCACCUCUGUGUCUCUGUGCAUUACGUCUGCAGGAGGGACUUAGAGUUGUUAUAUGAUACAUAUAAUGUCUCUGUUCUAGUGGUAAACACUGAGAAGUGUUUCAGAAAUAAUGCUGGAUGUGGUUUGGAACAUAAUAUGGGGUUUAAUCACCGCAGCGUUUAGUUGAAUUUCUCCCGAUAGAAACUUCUCUCUUCAGAGGAGAGAUCGUGAUGCUCUAAAGGGGCUUGGCCAGCUUCAGCUCAGCUCAAAUCUAAAGCGACAGUCACAGAAUCAGCACUUCAGGAACAGGGCUGAAAUAGAGGGAUAGUGGACAUGCUAAAAUGCGUUAUCUGUUUGUUAUUUUGAGCAAAACACCUCAGAGAAAUGUUUUUAUUUAUAUAUUUGAGACCUAUAAUACAGUAUAUGUCUGUUUAAUACUAUAACAGGCUUUUUGACUAUGUUUAAUGUUUUAUAGAUUAAUACAUUUAUUAGAUUAUAAAAUAACAUGCUAAGACGAGGGAUGUGUUAGAAUACUUAAAAUAUAUUUGCAUGAGAAAUACAUGUGUGUUGUUUGAUUGCAUCCAAUUGUAGCGUGAACGAGGCCUGAGGCCUCAUAGACAAUGUUCUCCAGUUACAUCACAGACAUUGUAAAGCCACAAAGGAGCUUUGCCAUUAAAUAAACAAAGACUUGAGUGUUCAAAUGACUGUCGACCUUUCGACCCCUCCCCCAGACGUCCGGUUUUGGGGGGGAAGAGGUCAAGCAGAGGAAUGUUGGAUGAGAACAUGUGCUUUGCACCCAAAAGAACACAGAUUGAAUUUCUUUCACAUUUACACUUUUAUUCCAUAAAUCCUUGUGUUGCAGGUAUUCACCUACGCAUUUUGAUGUAUGAGAAUUGCAUGAUUUCAUGUUGCUUCAUGUUGGUGAGGAUUGGUGAUUUUAUUGUGUUAUUUUGUUAAAAUUAAGUUACUUUGUAACUAAGGUCAUUUUCAUUCGAUCUGUAUUGUAAAUAGACUUGCUUGACAGCUAACAUAUUAAAGAUGUCAGAUAUUGGAGAGUUAGACAUUUAAAACAUGUCUUUCAUAUACGGAAAGUACAUGAAAAGGAAACUCACUUUGGUCAGUUUGACUUGGGAGGAGAAUGACGUUGAAGCCAACCCCCCCUUUUCUCAAGCUACAAAAGCAGAUUCAAACUUUCUCUUAUGCUCUUGUUCUGUGCUCUUAUGCUCUCUUCUCCUCCUCCUCUCAUC